AGCAGCUGUCCGUGGCUGUACAGACGAUUACUUUAUGACUUUAUUGCCCUCCUGGUGAUGAGUUUCAUCAGGAGCUUAUCUGAGAUCAGUUUCCCCACCCAAGACCAAACCUUUUGCCACUGCAGGGAAACAGCAGGUACUGGUUUCAGAUCAGUGACAAAGUACCACCUAUACAACACCAUUUAUGACCCCAGCAGCCACCAACACCUCACCUCCUCUCAAGAUCUCCCAUUUUCCAGCCACAAAGCGCCAGGAACCAAGGUCUGCUUGACAAGCUUAAAAACCUCAGGACCUAAAAAAAAGGAAAAAAAAAAAAAAAAAGAUCACCAUUACACAGAAACCAUGCCGUCUGCGGAGAAACUAGCGCAUUUCUUGUCAAGUUCUGCUUUAUGUGCAGCUGGAGUGGUUGUAUUGGGUUUCGGGAUGUCGACAGAUUGGGCCGAUGCCGUCUUGGACUGCGCUCCGCCCGGGAGUGUAGUGUUCAAUGGAACCUCCAGUCUCAAAACUGGCCUUUUCAAUGGCACAGAAACCAAAAUCAAAUGCCCCAGGAUUGACUCACCUGGAAAACCAGUGAUCGUGUUCAACCGUCUGGCGAAAUUAGCAGGCGCUCCCAUCAUCCUGCACGCUCUGGUUGUCAUCCUGUUGGCUCUGGCUCUUUUGGGGUCUGCAGGCAGUAUUCUGGUCACACUGUACAACAGCUUCAGUAACCCAUAUCAGACAUACAUGGGACCAAUAGGACUGUACACAUGCAGUGGACUCAGUGUAUGUGUGGCCACCCUGGCACUGAUUCUGUACGUGUCGAACGCCUACCUGGGCGAGAUGUUCCAGACGCUGGUGAAAGCAGAUGAAGCCAACGUGGAGUUGAGGAAUCCAAAUAUUACCCUAAAGGCAGGGUUCUUCCUCCUGAUACCGUACAUCAGCGUCAACUUGCUGGCCAUCCUCGUGGUCUAUCUGUACGUCCACGCCGCGUACACUCGCCGCAAAGAGCAGGAGAAACCAACGGAGGAUGCACCCAAAGAGAUCAUGAUGUACUAAAGCGAAAACACAGCAAAAGUCUGUUUAACAGGCGAUGAUUUUCAGACUGGAGCUGAACUGAGUCCAUUAGUGAGAAACUGCCACAUUAACUGUGAA